AUGGGCAUCGCUUUUCCCGAGGACGAGCUGCGCCCGGUUUCCUGCACCCCGUUGACGCGCGAUCCCGCGAACCCCGCCAACUACGACCUGAACGACGUCCUCGGAAACUACUCCCUUACCCUGAUCGACAGUCUUUCGACCCUGGCAAUCCUUGCAGGAACUCCUUCCGAUCAAAAUACUGCCCUAUGGGCUUUGCAAGAAUUUCAGCAGAGCGUCACGACGUUCGUAGAAUACUACGGAGAUGGUAGGCCGGGACCGUCCGGGCAAGGACUCAGAGCUCGGGGCUUCGAUCUCGACAGCAAGGUCCAGGUCUUUGAGACAGUCAUUCGCGGAGUGGGUGGAUUGCUGAGUGCACAUUUGUUCGCUGUCGGGGAGCUACCUAUUCCAGGGUACGAACCGGGGCACAACCACCAGGAAGACGAAGAUUCGGACCCGCUAGAGCUGCCGCCGAUAUCAUGGCCAAAUGGCUUCAAGUAUGAUGGUCAACUCCUCCGGCUGGCACUAGAUCUUGCGGAACGACUUUUACCUGCCUUCUACACCAAGACUGGGCUGCCGUACCCACGAGUCAAUCUACGGCAUGGUAUCCCGUUUUACGUCAACUCCCCGUUACACAAGGUCUCGCGCGACGACCCAGACUCCCCUCGAGCCACCAACGAGAAGACAGACACAUGCAGUGCUGGUGCAGGAAGUCUGGUCCUCGAGUUCACUGUCCUUAGCCGGCUGGCGGACGACCCGAGGUUCGAGCAACUGGCCAAGAGGGCUUUCUGGGCAGUGUGGAAAGGCAAGAGCGAAAUUGGUCUUGUUGGGAAUGCGAUCGAUCCUGAGAAGGGUGAAUGGGUCAGCUUUGACUCGGGCAUCGGCGCUGGUGUCGACAGCUUCUUUGAAUAUGCUCUCAAAAGCCAUAUUCUGCUGUCUGGCCAUGAGCUACCCAACACCACGACACGGAAGCCGCCUACUGACCGACUAUGGCUCGAUCCUAAUGACCUUCACGAUACGCCGCUGACACCUGAAGAAAAUUCUUCUGGGGCCUUUUUGGAGGCUUGGCACCACGCCCACGCAGCUAUCAAGCGGCACUUGUACAAUGAUGCUCACCACCCAUACUACAUGACCGGUCAUCGAACCCGCGGGUACGCAUUUACGAGUUGGAUUGACAGCCUCGCCGCAUUUUAUCCAGGUCUCCUCGCCAUGGCAGGUGAAGUGGAGGAGGCCGAGGAGGCAAAUCUAUUAUACACAGCGUUGUGGACGCGUUACGGUGCUCUUCCAGAGCGAUGGUCGGUUCGUGAAAGACAAGUUGAUUCGGGAAUCGGAUGGUGGCCCGGCCGGCCCGAAUUCAUCGAGUCAAAUUACUACCUCUACCGUGCGACCAACGACCCCUGGUAUAUUCACGUUGGAGAGAUGGUACUCAACGAUAUCAAGAGACUGUGCUACACUAGAUGUGGCUGGUCUGGCUUGCAAAAUGUUGACACUGGGGAGAAGGCCGACCGCAUGCAGAGCUUCUUCCUUGGCGAGACCACCAAGUAUCUCUACCUCCUGUUUGACCCAGAUCAUCCCCUGAACAAGCUCGACGCAGCGUACGUCUUCACAACCGAAGCGCACCCGCUCAUCAUUCCUCGACGAAGGACGAAACCAAAGAAGAAGAAAGAACAUCGCCAACAGCCCAAGAAUAUCAAUGUCUAUUAUGACGAGAACUUCACCAACACCUGUCCGGCUCCAAAACAAGUCCCGCUGACUGGCUCGGUUCUUGCCGCUCGACCGGACGUGUUUCACGCUGCAAGCUUCGUCAACCUGCACACCAUCUCGAACCCACACAGUGGGGUUGAGACCGUUCCUGCGGGCAAGGGAAGCAACGGCUCUAUUUCUCGGUACAAGGCGAACCACGCAUUCUUCCCUUGGACACUGCCGAGGUCUUUGAUUCCUGAUAAUGGUACUUGCGCUGCGUUGCCCUUUAAGCCAACUUUGAUCAUCGAGUUCCCGUCCAGCAUCCAGCAGAGCGGCGUUGGUAGCGCUUUCAACAACCUCUUUGCGAACACAGCUGCCUUCAAGACACCGGUGGGCGUCAGAAUAGCCGCCCUAAAUGGAUUGAAGAUCCACUUUGUGCGGGAGGAUUCAUACGACGCUGCUUACGACCAUACAUGGCGCGUCACGCAGGUCAAUCACAUGCCGCUCGGUCGCGAUGAGCCAGUCCACAUCGACGCGGAUCUGUUGAAUGGCAUCUCCGACCCUCUAUUCAACCGGGUGCGUUAUAACGGUUUCGUGGAGCUGAUUAUGGCCCACGGUCAACCCAAAGUCCACAAUGCUAGCGAGCCAGUACCUGCUGAAGGAUUGGAGAUUAACAUCAAUGAUCUGGAAGAUCAGGUACAGUUGGCGGAGGAGCCUGGGUCUGACAUGCAGGAGGACCAAGCUUCUUCCAAGAGCAUGAACACGGCGUACAGGUCGAUGCUCAAGUCCAUGAUUCGUGCCGUGACAUCAGUCUUUGAUCCUACCAAUACCCCUGCUCCGCGCCCUGCAGGAAGUCAAGAAAAGUUCUUCAUUGAGAGCUUUAUGGGAUCAAUAUCGGUGGGGAAAGGCGCAGUGCCUCUUCCCGACACUCCUGAUGCGUCGAUUCCCACCGACGACGAGCCACCGAAUCUCCCAUGGCAAACUGUGUACCUGGCAGGGUAUGCUUGCGACGGGCGGCUUCCUGAUGAAGCACCUCGUCAGCAUCAAGUCAUCGUGAUGCGACGUGGGGGCUGCUCUUUUAGUGAGAAGCUUGCCAACAUUCCUUCCUACACGCCUUCGUUACGUGCCUUACAGCUUGUCAUCAUUGUCGACGAAGAAGAGCUUGACAAUAAUUAUGUCUACAGUGCCCCCGACUUGUGGGAGUAUGAACUUAUCAAACCUCACUUGGAUGUUGAGCAGACAACACCGGCAGGGAUGCGAAGGCCGCAUCCCAUUGCUUUGGUGAUGAUCCGUGGAGGUGGCCCAGAGGCAUAUAAGAAGUUUGGAAACGCUCUCGGUGUAGGAGUGCGGAGGAAGUACUUCAUCGAGACGCAGGGGCGGAGAGUCGACAACAUCAUCGUCCUAUAG